ACCACUGGCAGAUCACACUCAAUCUGGAUGCAAGCCCGAGAGUCCCGCAGUAGAAACUGCAAGAAAGACGACAAAGCCUAGAGUCCCACUCCAGACUUCGACAUACCUCCCUCUCAAUAAGUCUAAUAAGCAACAUGUCAGUCUAAAAAAGACAAUGCAUGGGUAAAAAACCAUAUUCCCAAAAAAGUCAUCCAUCAUGUGAAUGAGAACACCCCUUCCCGAACUAGGAGUAAUAUGCCUAGCAACGCACAUAACUUGGGAAUGCAACGUAGAACGGAUCAUCAGGAUAUAAGGAGCACUAAACGGGGCUCGUAUAGGCACCAUAUUAAUGCAUAUUCUUGUCCAAACUCUCACACUAUCUAUGUUGAACCUCAGCAACAUAAUGAGUAUAGAUCGACACAUGACCCUCUUAAUAACUUCAUUCACACAUGUGAUGUGACCCAAUAUGCAUACGACUACGAAAGACCCAUGAGGUACAACUACCAAGGUAAUCUUAACACAGGGUACCUAGGUCAAGCAAACUAUAUAUCACCAGUAAAUGAACGCAGAUGCCCACCCAUGGAUGCUAAAAGUCAAAACAUGCAACAGGAUUAUUUUCGGAUGCAGCAAACAAUAGCCCCACUCGCUGCACAAUUCAUCCAGGAAAUGGUACACACACUGACUCUGUCUCACCUCAGAGCCUCUCCAAACAUAACGUAGGAAUAGUAACAAGUAACCAUGUUAACCUCUCCCCCAAUAACUCUGGUUUACUAACGAUUAUGCUCCUGAAUGCUAGAUCUCUCCUUAACAAAAUAACAUCGCUUCGCUGCCUGGCAUACAUAGAACGGCCAACACUAAUAAUGGUGACUGAAACCUGGCUUACUACUGAUAUACCUGACUCAAAGCUAGUAAUAGACAACUACGACAUCUAUAGGAACGAUAGAGUUGACAAAAGAGGAGGUGGCUGCUUAAUAUAUGCCUCUAAAUCCACUAACUCCAAUACUUUCAAUAACCCAACUACUGACAAACUCCCUGAAUCUAAGUGGAUAAGCAUCCACACAAACGAAAAUAAAAUUCUCGUGGGAUGUAUAUACAGACCCCCUAAUAGCCCUGAAAUGACUGAUAUAGCUAUUGGAGAAACACUAGAGCAUGCAGCUACGCUGGACUUUGAUUACAAAGUAGUCUGUGGCGAUUUCAACUUACCUGGAGUAAACUGGGAUACCUGUACAGGACCUAGAAUACAUGACGAGCUACUACAAGCUAUAGACGUAGGCGGAUGGAAGCAGUGCGUACGCCUCCCUACAAGAAAUGAAAACACUCUUGACUUAAUCCUUUGUCAUGAAAUUGAGCCCAUCUCGAUAGAGGUAGGAAAUAAACUUGAUAACAGUGAUCACAACAUAUUGUACUGCACGCUACCAUUCCGACUAACAACUAAGCACACACCUAAAAAUUCCCCGGUGCACUAUCAGUAUAGGGACUAUAAGAAUGCCGAUUGGGAAUUCCUAUCAGAUCUGCUGAGAAGUUCUGACUGGGAAGAAUACUUCAUUAACAAUAACUUGGAAGUAUCACUCGAUAUUUUCUACAAAACAAUUGGCUCAGCAAGAGACAUAAUCGCGCCCCUAAAAUCUGCUCUAAAGACACCAACUCCAUUUAUAGACCGCAAAACGCGACUAAAACUAAAGAAAUUGAAAAGGAAAUACCAUGUAUUUAAGGAAUUUAAUGCGUUAAACCAAAUACAUGAAACUCUUAAAAGGCUUGAAGAUAAACACAAAAUGAUGUCACAACUUGAAGAAAAUAAAGCGCUUGUGGGUAACUCCAAAACUCAGGAACUUUGUAGGAUAUUGCAGAGACGUCUAAAAAGCAGUAAAGACAAUACUGUAAGCAGCUUGGAACAUAAGGGUAUAAUAUACAAUGAUCCCCAGGUUAUAAGUGAACUCCUCAAUGAGUGGUUUUGCAAUGACGCCAGAGUGCACCCGACCCAAAAUUUCCAAAUGACCUGCAAAAGUAACCACAAAUUAGGCGAAAUAGACUUUAAUAUACAGAAUAUAGACUCAGCGAUUAAGACUUUGAAGUCUAAUGGUAGUACUGGAACAGAUGACAUACCAUCUGUCAUGUACAAAAAUGGUAGCACGGAAAUGGUAGUCUUGUUACUUAGAAUAUUUACUCUCUCGUUGGAAACUGGAACUUACCCUGAAGUGUGGAAAACCACAUACAUAUUACCUAAGCACAAAGCAGGGGCCAAAACCAGUGUAUGCAACUAUAGACCUAUCAAUAUAACACCGGUAAUAUCCCGAAUAAUGGAGAAAGUGGUUAAAGACCAAGUGUCAGACAACUUACUAGAAUAUGAACUUAUCAAUCCAUCACAACACGGAUUUCUCAAAAAGAGAUCAUGUGUGACCUGUCACAUAGACUUUUUCAACGAAGUUACACGAACUAGGGACAACAGAGAACUAGUAAUUGUACUAUAUUUCGAUAUAACAAAAGCCUUCGACAGAGUUCCCCAUAAUCUGCUAGUCAGCAGGUUAUGCUCACUAGGGAUAUGUGAUCCUCUCCUGAGCUGGAUAAAAUCAUUUCUCUGUGGCCGAAGUCAGACAACGAAAGUUGGCUCGAUAAUCUCAAGGCCUAAACCAGUAAGUAGUGGUGUAAUCCAGGGAAGUGUAUUAGGCCCACUCUUAUUCAUAAUAUAUAUAAACAGUAUCUGUGAAUGCUUUAAUGUAGGUAAACCAAUACUAUAUGCAGAUGACUUAAAAGUAACGUAUAAAUGCAAGAACACAGAUCUUGGAAUAACAGUAAACGCCAUACAGCAAGAAUUAGAAAAAAUGGAUAGAUGGUGUGACACCUGGCAACUCCAAUUUAAUGUCGAAAAAUGUGGCUGGCUCUGCAUAGGUUGCAACAAUUUAGAACUUGACCUGACAAUUCAAGGCCAUGCACUUCAACGACUGGAAUCUGUACUGGACCUAGGGCUGAAAUAUUCACAUAGCUUAUCAUUUUCUGAACAUAUCUCCAAACAAGUGUCAAAGUCACGCAGACUUAUCGGCUUUCUACUCAGGAACUUCUACAGAAAUGAGUCUAGAAUUCUGUUGUACAAGGUUUGUGUGCGUCCUUUAUUUGAUUACUGUUCAUUCAUGUAUAGUAGCAUACGCAUAGAGGACAAAUUGAAAGUCGAGGGAGUGCAGAGGUACUUCACGUUAAAAUUACUCGGAACUGAAAAUGGUACGAACUACUCCACUAGAUGUGAUACCCUAGGACUAGAAACACUAUGGCUAAGACGCCUGAGACUAAACUUGACACUUUACUAUAAGCUUCUAAACCACUUAGUUUUUACCUCUACUAAUGGCACUCGACUUUCAGAUGACAAUGGUUACAAACUAAGACACACUAAGGGUACAGUAGCUAUCGAACAAUGUAAAACAGCCACCAGGCAAAAGUUUUACUUGAUUAGGUAUGCACAGAUAUGGAAUAAACUGCCAAUGGAAAUGCGUCAAGCAAGUACAUUGGCCUCCUUCAAAAAGGUGCUUAAUGACAAACUACAAGAGUUUGCAAACGAUAUUAGUUCUAGUUCCUAUCUGAGAGCCUCCGAAAUUAUAGGUCCAUUUAAUGUAUAAGCUUAAAUACUACACCUGUUGUUUUUUGCCUAUAUUUAUAAUUCUAGAUAAAACAUUGACGGUUAACAUACGUAUCCUCAAACAGACAAGAAAUCUCGUUUGUGAAACUACUACCCAACACAAUAAGUGGAAUAAAAUGGACAUAAACCGACAACAUGAAAAAGGUAUAACUCACCACAACAUCACAAGGACAGAUGAACGCUCGUUGGGCACCAUAUAUCCCUCACCAACUGCAACCCACCUUUCCUUAGAUAAUGUGAUGAACUUAUAUCCAUAAUGUUGCUGAGCAGUUAAUAUUCUCAACUCCUGUCGGAACAGCUGAAAUUCAUAAACCUUCCUAACGCUAAGAAAAUACCCACAAGCAGUAGAAAUCCAUUAAUUAAUGCGUCCGAAACUUAUAUACUUACUCCCAACAAUGACAUUUCAGAUCAAAUGAGAUAAACACAUCACUGAUCUCAGAAUAACACAUCAAUGAACUAUAAUUCGAGGACUCUGCACACAACAAAGUUAUGUACGAAUAUUUACUUCAAGCUUUAUUUUUUUCCCAGGCACUUUUAAUCCAUCCACCAAAGACCUGGUUUUUUUGUUAAUGCGAAGACAAUACUCCUGUAUUUCCUGUUGUGUUGCACUCACUGACAAUCUAGCAGAUUUUCCCAACUUAGCACAGAAGUGAUUGUAUAUAAGUGAAAAGGCUGUUUUAUACUACUGGG